GUCGAGGGGCGGGCUAAAGGAGGCGCGAUUUCCGAGCUCAUGGCGGCUCUGUUCCUGGGCGCGGGCCGGAUAAUGCGGCUUCCGAGUUGUCAACUUUGGCCUCUGUUACCUCGCGGUUUUGGUGUUUGGGGCCCAGCUGAGGGGACCGCGAGCGUCUUGCUGAGGCAACUGUGCGCGCAGCGAGAGGAGACGUGGCGGGUCUCGGGGCUCGCCGGUAGCUGCCUGGGAAACCGGCUCCUUAGCACUGCGAUGCCGCCACCCCCGGGAGCGUCGGGACCCGACCCGAAGGGCCGCAGAGACCCCUCGCGUCCCUCACAGCCUGGGCCUGUUUCUUGGAAGUCUUUAGCGGUCACAUUUGCUAUUGGAGGAGCUUUAUUGGCUGGAAUGAAGUACUUCAAGAAAGAAAAAACAGAGAAGUUGGAGAAGAAACAGCAGCGAAGCAUUGGAAAGCCUUUACUUGGGGGCCCAUUUUCCCUCAUAACUCAUACUGGAGAACCCAAAACUGAUAAGGACUACCUGGGUCACUGGGUAUUGAUUUAUUUUGGUUUCACUCAUUGCCCUGAUAUCUGUCCAGAAGAACUAGAAAAAAUGAUUCAAGUCGUGGAUGAAAUAGAUAGUAUUCCAACUCUGCCAAAUUUAACUCCACUUUUCAUCACUAUUGACCCAGAGAGGGACACAAAAGAAGCCAUUGCAAAUUAUGUGAAAGAAUUUUCUCCCAAACUGGUUGGCUUGACUGGCAGAAAAGAAGAGAUCGAUCAAGUGGCCAGAGCUUACCGAGUGUAUUACAGCCCUGGCCCCAAGGAUGAAGAUGAGGAUUACAUAGUGGAUCAUACAAUAAUAAUGUACUUAAUUGGACCAGAUGGCGAGUUUCUAGAUUAUUUUGGCCAGAACAAGAAGAAUGCAGAAAUAGCUGGUUCAAUUGCUGCGCACAUGAGGGAACAUAGGAAAAAGAGCUAGCCAAAGCAGCGCUGCCAGUGCAGUGUUCUCUUGCUAAAGAGGAAAGAGGCUUUAUCUCCCAUAGGAGAAAUACACACACACAACCUACAGAAUGGCCUUCAUACCAUGGGAACAUCUAUAUUUCGGACAAGGCAUGUUACCCUUGAGAUCAGCCAACACAGAUUCUUGGAAAUGUAAAGAUCACAACCCAAAGACAAGCCACAGUCUUCCAAAUAGCUGCUGCAAAACUGGAGGACCAAGUUAAUGUGAAGCCAGUGGAAUGGACCUCAGGGAAGGACAUAGCCGGGAAAGGCACAUCUGGUGCGUUUCCACACGUGAACAGGCCCUUUGGUCAGCGUUGCUGCCUCUCCAGUGACUUGGACCCUUGCUCAUACAGGUUGUGGAACUGAAUUUGCAGGAAGAGUAUAAUUUCCAUAAAGUCGUUGCUUCCCCUUCGAGUUCUGGUGGCUAAUAACAGGCAAAUUAGACACUCAGCCAUAAUCUUUAUACUUGAAAGCAUAAGUGUAGUCUUUCUUGUGAACAAAUAUCACUGUUAGGUUUGCAUUGCAUUCCACUGUCAGUGUAAGCAAGAACUAAUUUGACUAAUGAAGAAGAAGUCUAUUGUUUGGGGGAAAACCAUUAGAUUAGUUUCUCUAGGGAUCUUUUAUGUGAUUUUUUAGACAAAUGAUGUGCUAGGUUUUCAGUGACAUACCAAGUAGAAAGAAGAGGAUAUUGAUCAUGAAUGUGAUGCAGAGUGCUUUUCUGCCUGUACUAAAUUGCACUGUGUGUGAAAUAAAUGUGUAUUCAGUUUUGCAACUUGGACAAGCAUGACCUUUUCUCUUGGGAGAAGAGUGAGUGUGCAUAGAUGGCAGUGCACAGCUCUCAGAGCAGAGACCCACAGACCCAAGUGAGUGGGUAGGUGGAUGCUUGUUAAAGUUCAGGUUGCCAGGCCUAGAACUGGAUUCACUGAGUGUGGGGUAUGAUGUGGAGACCUGUGUUCUUAAGAGACAUCUCAAACGCCUCAGAUGCUGAUAACCUGGGGUUCAUGCCUUGAGAAAAUUUUGUAAGGAAACGGGUUUUGAUCUGGCCAAGUGAAGACUUGACCCAUCUUUUGGUAUGUCAUUUAAAGUGUUGUACACAUAGUCAACCAUUCAGGAACACGAUUGUUGAGUGAUGAAAUGAAUCUUGGCUUUUGUUCCUGAAUUUCGCUUUGCGUGGUGCCUGGGCUUAAGUGUCACCUUUUCUCACCGGAAGCUUCCUAGGGCAAAGUUCUGUGAAAGUUUUUCAGUAGGUCCUAAUGCCGCAGACAUAGUGGCUAGUCAGACAACAGAUUUCUUUGUACAUUGUUUAUGUUUUACAUGCCCACAAUACAAGCCUGUCUUUUGGUUUUUAA